UUCUAUCUCUCUGCAAUUCUAAUCUGAAUUCUGAUUGAGAAUGCAAAGAGAGAGAGAUCUUCAGUCAUGGAGAAUAAUCUAUGCCACCGCCAAAUCCAAAGGUUUCAAUUUCAAAUUCAAGUUCGCAAUCAACAAUCUCACUAACCCUAAUUUCACUCCCACUACUUGGACCCUCUCCUUUCUCCUCAAAAUUCGAAAAUUCACAUUUAGAAUCAACUCAAAACAACAACAACAACAACCACACGCUAUUACUCUGCGGAGAAAUGUGGGAAGAUUCAUUAGAGCCAAAAUCGAGAAAAUCCGUCACAAAUUUCAGGUUCGGUUCAAGAAGAAGAACAGAUCAACAAUUGUUUCUGCGAACAGAGAAGAAUCGCGUCGUCCAUAUCCGAAGGACCUAACUCAUAUUGGAUUUGGAGUUGUCGGGUUUUUAGAGUCUCUGGCUCAAUCUAUCUCCCGUCGAAAAGGUUUAAAGGUAAUCAAGAUGGUUGCUUUUCUUCUAUUCAACAAAUUGAGGUUAGCAAUAAAGUUUAUGAAUCUAGCCUUUUUUCCUUUGGUCGUUGUGGUGGCAGUAAUAGCUUGCUUGUCCUUUAUUUUCCACACGAAAUAAGAUAGCAAUCUCUAGUUUUAAGUUUCUAAGGAGAAUUUGAGAUCUAAUACUCAAUUUAGUAUCCGAAUUUGUAGUGAGUUUUAAUUUAGUUUUUAAAUUUUGCAAACGUGAUUUAUAUCUGUUAACAAAGUGCUAACAUAGACAAUUAGAUAUUACAUUAGACUCCUUAAAAUGUCGUUUUAAUUUUGAUGUUUAAAUAACCUAAAAAUAAUAUCAUAAUAUGAGUGGCAUUUAGGCUUAAAGAGUCCUAAAUGUUUACUUUAGAAAAAAAAAAUAUUUUAAUAAACAUCAAUUAUGGUAUAUUUGUUAGGCUAUUUUAGCCUUAAGAAGUUCUGAAGGGGCAUCCGACUAUUUAUGUCAGUAUUUUAUUAAUGUCUACAUGUUGAAAAUUGUCCCAAAAUUAAUAUAAAUCAUGUUUGUAAAAUUUAAGAAUUAAAUAGAAUCAAUUGAAAUUUUAAAAAUUAAAUUAUGGCUUACGUAUAAAUUCGGAAACUAAAUUAAUUUGAUGUUAUUAUGAGUGAGUGAAU